AUGUCUGAUAACAUGCAAAUAGAUACUCCUUCUCCUCAAGAAAUUGACGAAGGUUUAUACUCUCGUCAAUUGUAUGUCUUGGGUAAAGAAGCUAUGCUUAAAAUGCAAAAUGCCAAUGUUUUAAUCAUUGGUCUCAAUGGGUUGGGAAUAGAAAUUGCUAAGAAUAUUGCCCUUGCUGGUGUUAAAUCAUUGAGCUUAUAUGAUCCAAAUCCAGUUACUUUAUCUGAUUUAUCAACUCAAUUCUUUUUAUCUGAAUCUGAUAUUGGUCAACCAAAAGAUGUUGCCAGUCGUGAAAAAUUAUCUGAAUUGAAUGCUUAUGUCCCAAUUAACAUUGUCGAUAAUAUUAAUGAAGAAACUUUAUUGAAAUUCAAAUGUAUUGUAUCAACAAAUAUAACAUUGGAAGAACAAGUUAAAAUUAACAACAUAACCCAUGCUAAUGAUAUUGGUUACAUAAAUGCUGAUAUCAGAGGUUUAUUUGGACAAAUUUUUGUUGAUUUUGGUGAAAAAUUCACUGUUAUUGACCAAACCGGUGAAGAACCAUUGGGUGGAAUUGUUUCAGAUAUUGAAAAAGACGGUACUGUUACUAUGUUGGAUGAUAAUAGACAUGGUUUAGAAGACGGAGAUUAUGUUAAAUUUGCUGAAAUUCAAGGUAUGCCAAAAUUAAAUGAUGGUAACCCACACAAGAUUGAAGUUUUGGGUCCAUAUGCUUUUAAGAUUAAAAUUGAUGAAAGUUAUGGUGAAUAUAUCAGAGGUGGUUUAUAUACACAAGUUAAAGUACCAAAAGAAAUUUCUUUUGAACCAUUAACUAAACAAUUGGCUAAUCCAGAAUAUUUGAUUUCAGAUUUUGCUAAAUUUGAUAAACCAGCUCAAUUGCAUUUGGGUUUCCAAGCUUUACAUGCUUUCAAGACUAGACACCAAGGUGAAUUGCCAGCUCCAUAUAAUGAAGAAGAUGCCAAUGAAGCAUUUAGAUAUGCUGAAGAAUUGGCUACUCAAAAUCCAUCAAUCUUGGGUGAAGAUAAACUUAAUGAAGAAUACCUUAAACAAUUAUUCUACCAAGCUCGUGGUGAUAUCCCAGGUGUUGUUGCCUUUUAUGGUGGUUUAAUUGCACAAGAAGUUUUGAAAAACUGUUCUGCUAAAUUCACACCAAUCAAACAAUGGUUAUAUUUCGACUCAUUGGAAUCUUUACCAUCAGAAAAGGAAUUCCCAAGAAAUGCUGAAACUACUAAACCAAUUGGUUCCAGAUAUGAUGGACAAAUUGCUGUUUUCGGUAAGAAAUUCCAAGAAGCCAUUGCCAAUUUGAAAGUGUUUUUGGUUGGUUCCGGUGCCAUUGGUUGUGAAAUGUUGAAAAACUGGGCCAUGAUGGGAUUGGGUUCUGGUCCAGAAGGUAAGAUUUACAUUACUGAUAAUGAUUCUAUUGAAAAAUCUAAUUUGAAUCGUCAAUUCUUGUUUAGACCAAAGGAUGUUGGUAAAAAUAAAUCUGAUGUUGCUGCUCUUGCGGUUCAAGCCAUGAACCCAGACUUGACUGGUAAAAUUGAUUCUAAAUUGGAUAAGGUUGGACCAGAAACUGAAGAUAUUUUCAAUGAUGAUUUCUGGACUCAAUUAAACAUUGUUGUUAAUGCUUUAGAUAAUGUUGAAGCCAGAACUUAUGUGGACCGUCGUUGUGUCUUUUACAAAAAACCAUUAUUGGAAUCUGGUACUUUGGGUACCAAGGGUAACACUCAGGUUGUUAUUCCAAACUUGACUGAAUCAUAUUCGUCUUCUCAAGAUCCACCAGAAAAAUCUAUUCCAUUGUGUACUUUAAGAUCUUUCCCAAACAAGAUUGACCACACUAUUGCUUGGGCCAAAUCUUUGUUCCAAGGAUAUUUUGCUGAUUCUCCAGAAAGUGUCAACUUGUACUUGAGUCAACCAAACUAUGUUGAACAAACUUUGAAACAAAACCCAGAUAUUAAAGGUACUUUGGAAAACAUUUCCGACUAUUUGAACAAACGUCCAUACACUUUUGAUGAGUGUAUUAAAUGGGCUAGACAAGAAUUUGAAGUUAAAUUCAACCAUGAUAUCAAACAAUUAUUGUACAAUUUCCCACCUGACGCUAAAACUUCUACUGGUGCUCCAUUCUGGUCUGGACCAAAGAGAGCUCCAAAACCAUUGGAAUUUGACAUUAACAACAAAGAUCAUUUUGAUUUUAUUGUCGGUGGUGCCAACUUGUUGGCAUUUAUCUAUGGAUUAAAAGAACAAAAGACUACUUUGGAAGAUUACAAGAAAGUAUUGGAUUCCAUUGAAGUCAAACCAUUCCAACCAAAAUCUGGAGUUGAAAUUGCUGCUACCGAUGCUGAAGCUGAAGAACAAGCAAAUAAACUUUCUGGAUCCAUUGAUGACGAAGAAAUCAGAAAGAUUGCUGCUGGUUUGCCAGAACCAAGUACUUUAGCAGGUUACAGAUUGAGUCCAAUUGAAUUUGAAAAAGAUGAUGAUACCAAUCAUCAUAUUGAAUUCAUUACUGCUGCUUCUAACUGUAGAGCUUUGAACUAUGGUAUUGAAACUGCUGAUGCUCACAAGACUAAAUUCAUUGCCGGUAAGAUUAUCCCAGCUAUUGCCACCACCACAGCAUUAGUUACUGGUUUAGUUUGUUUGGAAUUGUACAAAGUUGUUGACAAGAAAGAUGAUAUUGAACAAUACAAGAAUGGUUUUAUCAAUUUGGCAUUACCAUUUAUUGGAUUUUCCGAACCUAUUAAAUCACCAGAAGGUAAAUAUAACGAUAAGAAAUUUGACCAAAUUUGGGAUAGAUUUGAACUUAAUGGAGAUAUUACAUUACAAGAGUUAUUAGAUCAUUUUGAAAAUGAAGAAGGUUUAUCUAUAACUAUGUUAUCUUAUGGAGUUUCCCUUUUGUAUGCUUCAUUUUUCCCACCAAAGAAAGUUAAAGAUAGAUUAACCAUGAAUUUAACUAAAUUGAUUAAAGAAGUUAGUAAAAAAGAUGUUCCUGGUCAUGCUAAACAUUUAAUUUUUGAAGUUUGUUGUGAUGAUAAAGAAGGUGAAGAUGUUGAAGUACCAUACAUUUGUGUUAAAUUAUAA